AUGAGCGAUAACCAUUAAUAGUCUGAAUGCAAUAAUGAAACCAUAUUGCCCCUUAAAAUCAAAGAAUCAAUGAAACUUAGCAUCCUUGAUGAUAUUUAGAAACUCAGGAACUCUUAUACUGAAAAUCUUGUCAAUAAUGCUUCUGAAAAAUCAGGAGCAAAGAGUGCUUUCUACAAAAAGCUUUAAGAAAUUUAGGAUCGUAAAGAGUAGCAAAAGAGAAUAAACUCUGCUAUUGAUGGGACUAAAGAAAGACUAGAGGUGAAGAUUGCUAAUUCAGAGUCUUCAGAAUAAUAAGAUAGCCUCAUUUUCAAGAGAAGUAAAAAUGGUUAGAAAAUUACGGACUUCUUUAGACUUAAUAAGAGAUUACUACCACAAAGUAUUAUAAGCAAACCUCAUUCAGAAAAAGUGAAUGCAUUCAAUAUCUAAAAGGAUAAUGCUCUCUUGACUAACUUGCUGAAUUAUGGAUAAAACACAUCCAAUUCUAAGCAAUCCUCAGAGUUUACCUUUGAUUCGAGUCAGUUAACAAUUGACUAAAAUGAAUCUACCUUUGAUGGCUACAACGCAUCAUCCCAACUUAAUCACUCUAUUAAAGGCUCUCACUCUUAGUCCAAUAUUAAUAAAAGACUAUAAAAGAUUAAUCUUAAGCUGACGGAAAAGAGAAAAGGACCUAGAAAGAUUAACAUUCAGAAAAGCUCAAUAUUUGACAACUUAACAGAGAGCGAGAGCUCUAACAUGUGUGCAAAGCAAAAUAAGUCAAAGAAAAGCAAAAAAUCAAAGAAAGCAGUAUUUUCGCAGCAAAAUAUUUGUAAUUUCAAAAGAAGCAUAGAAUCUCAAUAAUCACAGAAUGAUUUAGAGCAAAAUAAUGAGGAUUUUAUUGGUUUUGGGAAGAUUAAAAACUCUUAUUAAGGCAUUAAUAAUGAUAUGGGAAAUGAAAGUACAGAAAUUUCACUGGUCAACAACCAAACCAUAGACUCUUAAUCAAUACACCAUUCCUAAUGA